AUGAUUUCGGUUUCGCUGUUUGGAUUAGGCAUAUACCUAGCUCCUAUAAAACCACAAUAUCGUUUAGCGCCAUUCCAGCUGAGUGCUAAGAAUGCAACUGCAUUCAUUUCCAACGAUGAAAAGCAGAGUAUAGCAUCCAUCAGAACUUCUUUAAAUCCACGUAUAACUUACCCGUGGAAGGGUGACCCGUCUUGUCAACACAUCACCAUACAGAUGGCACAACGAGAUAGUUUACCGAAAUGGGCAUUAACAUCAUUUCCCGGCAGUGGAGUCACUUGGCUUCGGCAGAUGAUUGAAAGCUUGACUGGAAUCUACACGGGUAGUGUCCAUAAAGGAGAUCCACUUCCUUUCAGAGACAACAAUAAAAACUACAUGGGUAUUACCGAUAAUCCAUUUUGUGGGUGCACAAUCAUCGACAAAGAUCACGAAGCCACGGCUGGAGUUUAUAAACGAAAAUAUUAUCUGCAGCUUUUGCAGGAUUAUUCAAACAUAAUCAACACAACUUACAAUUACCGAGGAAUUUUACUGUUACGGAAUCCAAUGGACGUAGUAUUUGCUCACCAGAACCAUUUGCUGGUUGGGAAAUUUGACGUAGCCCCAGUGAACGCAUUUCGCGGACCGGUAUGGGACGAACUGGUAGAUGCGGUGGCAUUUGCCUGGUCAGAUCACGCAAUACGUUGGAUAGAACAGAUGAAGCAGGGCACGGCCAUAUUCUACGAACAUUUUCUUGGUGACAACGCACAGCAUGAACUAGAGCGUUUAUUAGAUGCCAUGAACUACAACCCUCAGCUUUUAGAUCCGGAGCGGAUGAGAUGUCUUUUGGCUCAUCGAAAUCAAAGCGAAUAUAAGCGGAGCAACAAAACAAGAUUUGUACUUGAAGAACAUCAUCGUCAAAUGCUGUUACAAUCAAUCCACGCCGUGCAGCGUAGCUUGCGCCAACGGAAAUGGCCACAACUUCCUGUUUCCUUAUACGAUAUGCACUUACCUGCAGAGGAGAAAUUUUAG